AUUAACUCUAUGUUCAGAUUACAUUUAUCGGUAACGAUAUUUUUCUAUGUAAUUGCUAUCGGUAAUGCAUCUCAACUAUCUCGACCAAUGAGAUCUUUUACAUCCAACAAGUAAAACACAGAGUAUAAACUAGUAGUUCCCACAUUUUUAUGGUAUUUAAUCGAAGUUUCGGGAUCAUUUUUAUCUGUUUUCGUUCCUUGGUGUACGUGGUAAGAAGUCUACUGAAAUCUUAUUGUUUAAAAUAGUUGAUAAUAAGAUUGCAUUAAGAAAUAAGAAAAGUGAAAAACAAUUUAUUAGAAGUAUCAGUCAAAAUGGCAGAGUCGAAAAUAGAAUCUAAAAUGAAAAAUUUGAACAUCAAUCAAAAAACUGAUAUCAAUAUCUUGCUACUUGGUUCAACUGGGGUAGGAAAAUCUACAAUGAUAAAUUCGUUUGCUAAUUACUUAACGUAUGGCGAUUUAAAACAAGCGAAAAAAGAUAAAUUGAUGGUGCUAAUACCAAGCAAGUUGAAUAUUAUGGAUAAAUAUGGGGAGUAUCACUUAGUUAGUACUGGUGAUACUGAUAAUAACGAAUAUUUAGAAACUGGUGAAUCUGCUACACAAGAUGUGAAAACAUAUGUUUUCCCUAUAUGGAACGGGAAAGUAAACAUAAGAUUAAUUGAUACCCCCGGAAUGGGUGAUACCAGGGGAGUUAAACAAGAUGAUAUUAAUUCCGAAAAUAUUUUGAGUUAUAUUAGUAAUUUACACGAAUUGCAUGCUAUCUGCUUCCUAUUGAAACCAAACGAAUCUAGAUAUACAGUGUUUUUUAAAUAUUGUAUUGAUCAAAUAUUUUCUCGUUUGGAUAAAACUGCCAGUGAUAACAUAAUCUUCUGUUUCACCAAUACAAGAGGGACAGAUUAUAGUCCUGGUGAAACAGUUGGUGUUUUGAAAAAAACAGUGGGAGAUAUUGGUAAUCGACCUCCGUUUGCUAAGAUUCCAUUCGAUAAAAACAUUUUUUGUUUCGACAAUGAACCUUAUAGGUAUUUAGCAGCUAUUAAGGGAGGUAUUAAAAUCAGUUCUGAAAUAAAACAAAGAAACAAGGAUAGUUGGGAGAAAUCUGCAGAACAAUGCUGGAAUAUGAUAAAGUAUAUCGUAGGUGAAAAAGAUAAAAAACCGCUGAAACCCCACUUUGUAAAAAGCACCAAUGCAAUUAACGAAGCCAGAAGAAUGAUCAACCAAUUGUCUCAACCGCUUGCAGAAAUAAUGCAGUUGAUUCAACAUAACAUGGAAGUUUUAUCAAGGCACAGAGAACUACUAAGUGAAGAUAACGCAUCAUUGGAAGAAAUGAGAUCCAAAUUGUACCUACCCGUAAUAACAUUAGAUGUAACGCAGUUGGAUCAUCCGGCGACUGUUUGUACUGCAAAAAAAUGCGCAGAAGUUAUCACCGUAGCGGGAAAAAAUUGUUGGAACUACAAACAGAGAUGUCACCCUCAUUGCUAUUUAACCAACGUGGGUAAAGAACAAUUGGGCGAUCCGAAUCUGAUCAGUUGCACGGCGAUGAAUGGAACAACGACUUGUUGCCAAUGUUUUUGCGAUUAUAGAGUUCACAUGCACGUAUAUUACACCACGGAGACCGUGGAAAAUCAAGAGAAAGAUGAAAAUAUGCAGAUGAAAAUCGCCAGCAGAUCGGAAGUGAUUGAGAAUAAAUGGAGAUUGAUCAGGAACAUCGAACAGAGACAGAAGGAAUUGGAGGAAGAGCAUAAAAUUAUCGUGGAAAUUUGUGCGAAGUUUGCGCAUUUCUUACAGAAUAACGCCAUAACUCCCUUCAGCGAUUCCUAUAAGGAGUAUAUAGAAUAUUUGAUCGACAGGGAAAAAUCCUUGGGUACGGUAUGUAACAAAGAAACCGUUAAACAUCUGGAGCUGCUCUUGGUGCAAUAUUCAGAAAUUAAAAACCGUUUCGAUGAAGCUCUUAAGAUGACCAAAACCAUAGGACGAGACGAAUUAGUUUCUGCCAAAGAAAUCAACGACAGCGUUCAAAUUUUAUAUAAAUUGAAACACAACGGACAAAAAAUCCGCGAAUUAUAUAAUUGUCAGAAGAAAGCAAGAACCAAGGAGUUCCAGCAUACCGAGUAUGUCCAUAAAAUGGCCUUCAAGCCCGCAGAAAGAAAGGAAGAUGUCAAAAAGGUGAAGAAAGAUAGAAAAUAUGAAGAAAAAAAGAAAUCUGAAAACAAAAACUUUAAUUAUAAACAGAAACAACAACAAAAUAAAGGUAAUGCAAGAAGUUCAUCGCCUCCUCCGAGUUACCAAGAAUUACAAGAAAAUCAAAAAACGUUUAGAAAUAAAACUCGAGGUUUUCAGAAUAAUUUCAAUCAAGCAAGACCACAAAGUCCGAAUAUGAUCCCUCCACGAGGAUACCCACACGGUAGUCAAUAUCAACCGAUGCCACAAUUUGUACCACAACAAGGGUAUCCCUAUCAAUUCCAAGGACAGUUUCCACCACAAGUUCAACAGUUUUCACCACAAGGACCUGCAUAUACAGAAAAUAAACAAUAUCAAGGUAAUUUUGAUAAACCGGCUAACGAAUACCAUAUAAAUGUUACCCUAAAAUCAACCGACGAUCCAAGAUCCUCAAAAAAAAUGGCUUCCAAUAUGCCACAUCCAAAUCAACCACAGACGUCUCAAAUUCCAAGUUUGAUGGAUCAAAAUGUCUCUUCGCCCAAUUUAUAUCCUCAAUUACCUCACGGUAUGAAUUUUCCUCAAAACUACUACCAACAUCAAGAUUUCAGUUGGCCAAGUCAUUCAGUACUUAGACCCAAUGAACAAGGUGGGAUAUACAAGAAAAUCCAUCGAAGAAAUAACCGUAGAAUCAACAAAAGAACUCGUGGUAACAAAGGAAAAGGUACAACUGAUGUUCCAAAAGAAAAUCGUAACAAAAAUGAAAUAACCUUUACCAAAAAAGGAAAAAAGAAAAAUAGCAGCUCAAGUUCUGAAUCUUCAAGUAGUUCAUCGUCAUCAGAUUAAAUUUCACGAUAAGUGUCCUUAUUUUUAUAUAACAUUUUAUGAUUUUAUUUAGAUAUUAGUGGUCCUAACGAGUUUGUUGUGGAAUAUCAAUGUUUUUACUUCCAAUUAAUUAUUUAAUGAGUAAUAGAGUAAAAUCCUUAAUUGAUAGUUUUUGGAAAGUUCUGUUAGUUUUUCAUAGAUUUUCACAACUUAAUCGUUAAAAAUAAAUAUAAUAUAUAUUCAAGUACUUGAAACUUUUGGGAUAUUAACUCCAGAAUAGCACUGGGUGUGGAAAAUGUGUUUUUCUACUAGUAUAUUUCUCCCUCGAGUAGGUCGAUUGAAAAUUAGAAAAAGUCCGUUAUUGGUGAAUGUACAUAAAAUUCCCUCAACGUUUUGAUUGAUUCAAAUAAAAAAGUUCCCACAGAUUUGAAAAAAAAAUCUCAUGAAAUAUGAAUCAUAUACCGUUGGGGGUAGUACAUACCAGAUGAGUACGGUACUGUAAUAAUGUUGAUAAUUAUAAUGAAUCUUAGUUGAAAUAUGUAGAAUAGAAUAUAUAGAAGAUAGAUUUAAUUAUGAGCUUUUUUUCAUAAUUUAGAUUUUUAAUGUCAUUUUUAGAAUAUAAAUAAUCAUCGUUUUCGUAAUUAGUGCAUACCAAAAUUUUCCUGUUUGAAUAUUGAUAAAUAAUCUCUUAUCACUUUUUUGUUUGAUAUAAGGCUUUCACGAUAAGUUUGUUAAUUUAUAAAGGGCAGUUUUUAUUUAUUGUUGCCUUGUUUGGAUUUUUUGGCAUAUUUGGUUACUUUUGAUUCGAUUUAAAGAAAAUUUUAAGGAUCGUAGAUAUUUUAAUAUGCUCAAAUUUGGAUAACAACAAAAAUCUAAACUAAAAUAUAGUGUCCAAUUUUCUUUGUUCGAGUGUUAAUCAAUUACUGAUCACUUUUGGCAUUCUAUAGGGCUUUCGGGAUAAAUAUUCAAAACAGAUGUUGCCAUAUUGUCGUUUUUCUCAAGUUAUUGGUAUAUAUAGAAUAUCCUGACCCAAACCAAAGCUACACAGCUGCCAACGUUUAUAUUAAAAUUU